GAGAGAGACGAGGGUACAGCAGGCGAGGCAAGGAAAGUCCCCGUCAGUACCAGCAAGGCAGCGAGGGGAGAAGGCAACAGUGUCCUCUGUGCUCGUGACGCUUCAUCACACCGCCAUGGGACUGUCGCUAACCUGUGCUCUCCUGCUCCUCUGUUUCCUAGCAAGCGGAGGCGCGGGGCAAGACGUGUACCAGCUAGGGGCGCACCUGCAGCACUUCGCCAGCGUCAGACAUCCCGCGGGCGUGGAUGUGGGCGCGAGGGAGGCAGCAAGAAGUUACAUCAAGGAUAAGUUUAGGGAGUAUGGUCUUGAGGUGGCUAGUCACUCCUUCAACACCUCCAUGCUUCUCAAUGGACAAACGACAACGAUUGUCGGAGAAAACGUGGUAGGGGUGGCAGAGGGGUCAGGCAAGGGGCCCCUGCUGCUGGUGGGGGCGGACUAUGACACGUCCCUGCGGCACAACCCUCUGGAGGACAACGGGGCGGGCGUGGCGGCGAUGCUGGAGGUGGCAAGGAAUUACAUGAAGGAAACGCAGCCGGAGGGACAUUUCACCAGAAACCGCACUGUUAUUUUCGUCGCCUUUGACCUGAACACGAAAGAAUAUAGGAGUGAUAGCAAGGCGGGUCGUCCUGGUUUCUACUACUUCGUGCACCAAUGGCUGUGGCCGCACCUCAACCAGUCCCUGUUAAACUUUGGUGGUGCAAUAAUUCUCGACUCCAUCACGAGGUUCAGUAUGAAUCCGAACACUCAGCACCUUCCAGAUGGCUUCAGUCAGACCUUCCCCGAGGCUUACAAGAAAAUCAUUGAGGAUGAGUCGAAGGGGAACUUCCUGGCACUGAUUACUCGAGGCACUUCUCAAAGUAAACACCUCGCCCAGACCUUUAUGGAUAACUACACAAAGCAUCGGAAGGCGGGGUUGGUACGUGUGCAGAAGAUGGUGCUGGAGACGGCAGCUCCUGUCACCUCCCACGUACUGGAUAUGAUCGACCACCAGGCUCAUUUCCCCUUCUGGACCUUCCAUCCCUCAGACCAACCCACUGCCCUGCCAGCCCUCCUCCUCACUGACACAGAUGUGUAUCGCCAGUCCUCUGAGCAGUGUCCACAGCCCUGCACCAGCGAGGCCUUCCUGACACGCCAAAGACAGCAGGCCAUCUCCCUUACCUGUGAGGGUCUCAUUAACACUCUCUUUGAACUGCAGGCUGAAAGGAGGCCAGGAACCAGUGAGGGAUCAAAUGGUGCGUCUUUUGUGAGUGUGACAGCGACGUGGAUAAUGAUUGUGAUGGCUGCACUGUUGUACUGACCACACACACACACACACACACACACACACACACACACACACACACACACACACACACAUACAAUGACUGAUGAAGUUGUGUGUGUGCAAGGACCAUUCACAGCUUUAAAGACAAAUACAGUAAAAUCCCUCUUAUCCGGCAUCAACGGGAUCGCCGACAUGCCGGAUACCAGAAGUUGCCGGUUACUUGAAUAGAAGUGAAAUUAUGUCCACAAUCACCACCUUACAUUCACGCAUCUUACCAUAACAAAGAUCAGCUGAUCGCCGUGCCGCGCGUCGCCACCCGCGCUGCCACAACACGCUUCCUCUUUUCUACAACUUCAGGCAUCAGGCGAUAAACAGUGCACACGCGGGACUGAGUCACUGAGUAAACACAGUGCAGUGGGCUGCAGGUGGCGCGAAGCAGUGCGCUCUGGUGGCGAUGGGACAAAGUAUGCCUCGCGCGGGAAUUUUAAUCGAUUUUAUGAGUACACAUUGAUUUUUUAUUGAUUUUAAGGCUCGGGGAAAAAUGUGCCGGAUACUUGAAGCUGCCGGAUACUCGAAUGCCGGAUAAGAGGGAUUUUACUGUAUGACAAAUGGACUUUAAAGACUGGACACUAAGAACAAAUGACACAUGCAUAUAUGUAGCAAAGACCUGCAGAAUCUGAGCUUAUUUCAGGAAGUUCGAGUUAAGUACUUACAUCUUUUGAAUCCAUAACAUAAUGUAAUUUGUCUGUUUUUACAAUUUGAGGAAUGCACCAAAAAAUCAUGCAGUAUUAAGGAAAAAUGUAUAUCUCAUUAAUGGCUGUCUUUGUGGUGAUAGGAAAUGUGUGUAUAGAUCUUUAGCAGUGUAUUUGGGUGUAUUUGGUUGUGAGUGAUGGAGAGAACUUGAAAUUACUGUGUGUGUGAUGAAUGUAUAGGUUUAUAAUGUUAUUGUGUACGUGUGUGUGUGUGUGUGUGUGUGUGUGUGUUGUAUGUGUAAUUUUGUAACUAUGUAUAUCUGUAGUGUUUGUAAGUAUGAAUAAGUAUGACUGAUGCAUAAUUAGAUAACAGCAUUAAUAUGAAGUUUGUAUACCAGGUGAUUAGUGUAUUGUGUAUUCAUAAAUUAUCGUAUUUUUGAAGUAUUAACAUGUAAUCUCUGCAAGGGGUUAUGUAGGGUAUCCAAGCACUUCUUUCUCCCCCUUUGUUUUCCUUGAAGAAGCUCUACUAGUGUUAUAGAGAGCAAAUACCAUGGCCAGUAAUACCUUAAGCCCUUGUGUGUUGUUGUGCCUUUGUAAUAGUGUAGUGGAGAAGUAGUUAAGUAGAGUAAUAGAAGUAGUAAUUGUGUGUUUUGCAAAGAGAAUUGAAAAGUUACCAUGGCCAUAAUAGUCUUAAGCUCUUGUGCGUUUUGGUGCCUUUGCAAUAGAGUAGUGGAAGUCAUCGAAGUAGUUAAUGGUAGUAGAUUAGUAGUACUGGUAGUAGUUAUAUGUUUCAGAAAAUGAAUUAAAAAAUGUAACUGUGCUGUGCCAUUACCUAAUAUGAAUUAAAAAAAAAAAAACAGGUGCUAAGAUACACGGGAGAUGGGAAGGUUAAAUAAUACACAGUGAUACUUGUAAUAAAUAAGUAAAUAUG